AUGUCAAAGCACUGGUGGUGUAGUUCGCACUCAUCCUGCUCACAUGGAGAGAGGUACAAUUUCAAUUUGAGGCUCGAUAUUGGCACUCAAUAUGUCCAUCUAAUUGUCCGCGUAGUCCCAGAAGAUUUAUUCCUUUUCAAGUUGCCAGAUACUUAUCGCCCCGGUAGUGACAAACUUAGUAAGAGUGUUGCUAAGCACCAGGCUGUGGUCGACCUAGUUACAAAAGCUUUGCUAAACGUGAGCGAUAACACAUAUACAGCUGCUGAGACGGAAUGGCCAGAUAAUAUAUGUUGUGACAUCCUGUACUUGCCUCGUCUGGCUCUCAAUAGGACUUUACCUCCUGUUAUGGUAGAGAUUCAAUCACUAGUGAAUCAAGAUCUCAUGAACCGUGCAAUCCAGUGCUGUCUCCAUGUAUACCGCAAGUACGAAGUCCUCUCCGUCUUGUUGAUUGUUUGCACUGAAAAAUUGUCAUCAUGCCGUUUGAUGGACUCCUUCACGGCUUGCUGUGACAAGCCGUUCCUGCGUCAAUCAUCAAGCAAUUUCUGGGCUCAGCACUGUUUUCUCCUCUCAAAAAGUACUAUCGAGCAUUUUGCUAACGCAAAUGGCAACCCUGACCCACUGGUGGCGUUAAGCAUGCUUUUGACGUACAAAAAGAGGUGUAUCAUGAAGUUUGACAGAUGGGAUUGUCGUAGAACAAUGUCUGCUUAUGACUGA